AUGUUUAGCGUCGGAGACGGAACAAUUUGCGGCUAUGAUUCGCUUCAUCAGCUCUUGUCGGAGAAUCUCGAACUGGAUCUAUAUCAGGAGGUGAGCCGUUUGCUCCUUGGGCUCAAUUGUGGAAGACAACUUGUACAGAUUGCUUUUCCAGAUUCUGUGGAAGACCUCGCCUCGAAACACACGUUCGAUCUCCAGGGUUACUGUUUUUAUGCUGAGAAAGAGCAGCUGAGAAGCUCUCGAGUAGUCAGAGUUGGUCUUAUUCAGACCUCUAUCGCUCUUCCAACUACUGCCCCCUUCUCGGACCAAAAAAGAGCAAUAUUUGAAAAGUAUAAGCCAAUGAUCGAUGCUGCAGGAUCUGCUGGUGUUAACAUACUAUGCUUGCAGGAAGCUUGGACCAUGCCCUUUGCAUUCUGUACAAGGGAGAAGAAGUGGUGUGAGUUUGCUGAGCCUGUUGAUGGAGAAUCGACAAAGUUUCUUCAGGAAUUUGCCAGGAAGUACAACAUGGUAAUCGUGAGUCCUAUUCUUGAAAGAGAUAUCGAUCACGGUGAAGUGCUUUGGAAUACUGCUGUGAUUAUAGGGAAUAACGGAAAUAUCAUUGGCAAGCAUCGGAAGAACCACAUACCGAGAGUAGGAGAUUUCAAUGAGAGCACUUACUACAUGGAAGGAGAUACCGGCCAUCCUGUGUUUGAAACAGCAUUUGGGAAAAUUGCUGUCAAUAUAUGUUAUGGAAGACACCAUCCUUUGAAUUGGCUUGCUUUUGGUCUGAAUGGUGCUGAGAUUGUCUUCAACCCUUCAGCAACUGUUGGUGAACUGAGUGAACCAAUGUGGCCUAUUGAGGCACGAAACGCUGCAAUAGCAAAUAGUUAUUAUGUGGGCUCAAUCAACCGUGUUGGAACGGAAGUAUUCCCGAAUGCGUUUACAUCAGGUGAUGGAAAACCACAGCAUAACGAUUUCGGGCAUUUCUAUGGAUCAAGCUAUUUCUCUGCACCUGAUGCUUCAUGCACUCCGCCAAUGUCCCGUCACGAGGAUGGCUUGUUGAUCUCAGAAAUGGAUCUCAAUCUCUGCCGACAGCUAAAAGACAAGUGGGGGUUUAGAAUGACUGCGAGGUACGAGCUCUAUGCCGAUCUUCUUGCCAGUUAUAUCAAACCGGACUUCAAGCCUCAAGUAGUCUCCGACCCUUCGCUGCACAAGAAUUCCUCGUAAGAUCCGUUCCUACAUAAGUUGUCCGUUUAUCAUCUGAAUCUGUUCAACAAAAACUGGGAAAUCUUUGUUUGAUAAGAUAUCAAUGGAAAGGAUUGCUGGAAUCAUCAUUCAUCAAGUGUAAUAGAGAUCUUGUGUCUGCAUAUAUGAAUAUGAUGAUUCUUUUGGUAUUGUGUUUGCUUAUAAA